AUGGGGUUACGGGAGUUUGUCAAGACAUUUUUUCUAGGCUUCUGGGACUAUGAGACACCAAAGGUUAUGGUGGUUAAAAACAGAACGCUUGGGAUAAUCUACAGAAGCGUGUACUUGCUUGUGACCACUUAUUUCAUAUGGUAUGUCUUCAUCAGUCAGAAGGCCUACCAGGAGAGCGAAACACGGCCAGAGAGCUCUGUCUACACCAGAAUGAAAGGGACGGCAUUGCUGGGUGACACAAUGCAGGACAUGGUGGAGUACGUCAGACCCACAGAGGGUGGCGAUGUCAUCAGCACAAUACUGCGCAGAGAGGUGACAUAUAACCAGAGGCAGGGUGUAUGUGCCGAGCAUUACUCUGUCCCUCACGCCAACUGCACAUCAGAUUUGGACUGCACAGGAAUAGAGGUCAGCUUUGAAGGCCAUGGUCAAAGAACAGGGCGCUGUAUACCAUAUUACAACUACACCUUCAAGACCUGUGAAAUCAGAACUUGGUGUCCAAUUGAGGAAUUUGCAGCUGUCAGAGAGCCGGCAUUAGAAGAAGCCAUAAAUUUCACUGUAUACAUCAAGAACACUAUUCACUUCCCAAAGUUUAAAGUUCUCAGAGGGAACAUCAAGCCAAAGAGAGGCAAAUAUCUGAGCCGCUGUACAUACAAUGAGGAGACGGACCCCUAUUGCCCCAUCUUCCGGCUGGGCUACAUUGCAGAGCAGGCCAGGGAGAAUUUUAGUGAACUGUGCCAAACGGGAGGAGUGAUUGGGGUCUUCAUUAACUGGAACUGUGACUUUGAUAUGGAUCCAUCCAAAUGCAUCCCCACAUAUUCUUUCCGACGGCUGGAUGUCCGGAAAAAUCUACCCAGCUCAGGAUACAACUACAGGUUUGCUAAGUAUUACAGUAGAAAUGACAAAGAGUUUCGCACGCUCAUCAAAGCCUAUGGAAUUCGUCUGGAUGUCAUCGUCCAUGGGCAUGCUGGAAAAUUUAGCAUCAUCCCAACUAUCAUCAACAUGGUGACUGCAAUGACAUCUGUUGGAAUUUGUUCUCUCAUUUGCGAUUGGAUCUUGCUCACUUUUAUUGACAAGAAUGAGGUCUACAGUGAAAAAAAAUUUGAUGAGGUCUCUGAAGAAUCUCCUCCUGUCACAUUGACUGAUAUCACUCUCACAAGCUAUGGCUCAAUCCACUCAGACCUUUCAGAGGGUGUGGCACUAUGA